GUUCGCCUACUUAUAGCUGUCUGCACAAGAGGCUCAAGUGCUGCAAGAUUACUUCUUAUACCUCCCUGCUCACUGACAGUGACCAUUCCUAAUCCUUCACAAACAACUAUCAUGGCCGCUCCUCGCAUCAUCCCCAAGACCCAAACUGCCGUCCUCAUCGGUCCCAAGGACCGCAGGCUCGAGACGAUUCCAGUGGGCACGCCCGGUCCCGACGAGGUCCUGAUCGAGAAUGUCGCCGUCGCAUCUAAUCCCAAAGACUGGAAGGUCCCAAAGUGGAUGUACAAGGAGGACGAGGCGUAUGUGGAGGGGAACGACGUCGCGGGCACGAUCGUGGCAGUGGGCGAGAACGUGAGCGAGUAUGAGGUCGGCGCGCGCGUGGCGGCGUUCACGAUCAUGCGGACGAAGGAUAACAAGUACGGCGCCUACCAGCAGUACACCGUCGCCCCUGCGCAUGUUACGUUCCCCAUCCCCAACACCACGUCGUAUGAGGAGGCUGCGACACUUCCCCUCGCUGUCAUGACCGCCGCCAUUGGCCUCUUCAUCCGUCUGGCGAUUCCCGCGCCAGAUACUCCGGAGGCAGCUUCUCAUGCUGGCAAGGCCAUCAUUAUCAACGGCGCUGCAUCCUCGGUUGGCGCAUUCACUGUCCAGCUGGCGAAGCGCGCGGGUCUCUACGUCGUCGCGACCGCUGGUUCGUCGAAGGACUAUCCCCAGGAGCUCGGCGCGGACGUGGUUGUUGACUACCGCGAACACAAGGGCGAUGCUAUAAUCGAUGCCCUCGUUGCCGCAGUCGGUGACCGGCCCAUUGCAUGGGCGUACGACGCCGUCUCCGAGCACGGGUCCUCCCUUAUCCUCGCCCGCACCCUCGCCAAGCUCACGAAGUCGGGCAAGGUCACGACUGUGCUUCCUACGCCCGAGGACGAGCAGAAGCAAUUUCCGGCUGGCAUUGCGUACGAGCUGACCUUGGUUGGCACAGCGCAUACGGAUGAUGCGAAGUUCGCCGCUGAAUGGUACCGCAAGAUCUCGCGCUGGCUGGCGGACGGGUCGUUCAAACCGAACCGGCCGAAGGUCUUGCCUGGCGGCCUUGAGAGUGUCGCGAACGGUCUUCAGCUGCUGGAGACCGGCAAUGUGCAUGGAGAGAAGCUUGUGUACCGCAUCGCGGAUACGCCUGGUUUGGAGGCGUAAGGAAAGGAGAAGUAUUUAUAUCAUCUUGUAGCAUACGACUAGGAAAUGGAAUAUCAGUUGAAAUCGGUGUAUACCAUCGCAGAGGCCGAGGAGUAGCGUCUCCUUCGCGAGGGAGCUUACACUGGCU